GUCAUUAGUGUCAAAACUCGGACGCGAUUUCGAGAUUUCGGAGAUUUCGAGUAGAAAUUUCGAUUUAUCACGCCAAAUUCGAACGAAUUACACAAAUUACGCUUAUUAGAUGAUGUAAAACGACUCGAAAAAUGUCCCAAAACACCGCCAACCGAGAUCACGACGCCGUUUCGAUCGCCGGCAGUUCCAGAAUCGCCGAUGCCUCCGAAUGGGAAGCGAACGAGGCCCUGCGACAGAGAGAACUCGAAGAGGCCAAAGGCAGGGCCGCUCAAAUGGAGAAAACGAUGCGUUGGUGGUCCGAUUGCACCGCCAAUUGGCGUGAAAAAUGGAGCAAAGUCCGCAACGAGCGAAACCGAGCCCGAGAGGAAACCAAACGAUUGCGUUCGGAAUUCGAAGCCCUGCUCGAAGAGAACGCCCUGUACAAGCGAGAGAAGGAGGAAUUGGAACGAUCGAACGAGCAGCUUAAAAAGGACAUCGAAAGAGUGCAUUCGAUGGUUUUGAAGCGUUCGGGUCAAUUCGAGACUCUAAUAGAAGAUCCUGAGCCUCUUAAGGAGUUUGUAUUCGGUCACAUUUCGACCGUUAAAGGGACGCCUUCGUCUCAAUCUAAUCACCAGGAGUGCGAUAGUACGAUUGAGCACAACGAUAGUGAGGAAUAUAUUGUUCGAGGGGCCGUUUCGAGGAGCCCCGAAGCGACCGGGGAGUUGGAAAAAGAGGAAGUUUUGCGGAGACUGGCCGGGCUGCAGGUCAGAUUGGACGAGGCCGGUGUAAAUCUGCGCGAUGAACGAGACGAGAAAACCGAUCUGUACGAGACCGUCGAUCGGCUGCAGGCCGAACUGAAAGAGGCCAAAGAGGAAUUGGACGAGUUGCGUGAGAACAGAGAGGAAACGGGGAGGGAGAUGUUGCUGUUGCAGGAACGACAUCGAAAGGAAUUGCAGGAAUUGAGGUCGAUGGUGGAACGAGAUUCGCGCGACGAGGCGUCGUCGAGGGAUGGUUUCGAUAGGAAAUUGGCCGAUCUGCGGACUGAGUUGGAGCGUUUGCAAGCCGAGAACGCCCUCGAAUGGGCGAAACGGGAACGCAUCGAAACCGAAAAAUCUUCGAUCGAACGGGAAAAUAAGAAAUUACGAAGUGAAUUGUUCGAUUUGCAGGAGAGGAUGGAGAGAAGAGGAGGUGGAGGAACCGCCUCGACGAAUUCUGACGUGGAGAUGCGACAUUUGCGACAGGAGAUCGCCGAUAGGAAUGUGGAACUGGCCGAGUUGAGGCAUGCGCACAACAAACUGAAGAAAAUCGCUCAGGACAAAUCGACGGAACUUCAGCAUUGUGGCCGAAGAGCCGAACAGUACGAGGCCGAAGUAAAGAAGCUUCGGGAUCGAGUGGAAGAGUUGAAACGAGACUUGGCCGAGGCCGAGGACGAAUUGGACGCGGCCGGAAAUAACGCGAGGAAAUUACAAAGGGUUAACGAGGAAUUGCGGGAGCAAGUCGAUGGUUUCCAAUUGCAAUUGCAACAUUUGCAUAGCAGGUUACGUAACCGCUGCUCGUCCAGCUUGUUGUCUCGCAGAGGAACCAAUCUGGAAGAAGAUACUGAUGAUGAAGUCGAUGAUUAUACGUAGAAAAAAAAAACAAUUUUUUUUUUUAAUAAAUUAUGUGUCAAUUAGUUUUAAUGUGUGAAUUAGAAUUCUGGGGAUUUUACUACGUUUUGAAAAGUCACUAAUUCUGGUGAUUUUACAAAAUUCUGGUAAUAUUACUAGGUUGUGAAAAAGUCACUAAUUCUGGUGAUUUUACUAAAAUCUGGUAAUAUUACUAGAUUCUGGUGAUAUUACUAGAUUUUGAAAAAGUCACUAAAUCUGGUGGUUUUUAUUACUCUGGUAAUAUUACUAGUUUCUCGGGACAUUAGUAAAUCCUGGUGAUAUUUUUAAAUUUAAAAAAAGUCACUAAUUCUGGGGAUAUUACUAGAUUUUGGAAAAGUCACUAAAUCUGGUGAUUUUUCUAAAAUCUGGUAAUAUUACUAGAUUCUGGUGAUAUUGCUAGAUUUUGGGGAAAUUACUAGAUUGUGUAUUUUGAAAAAGUCACUAAAUCUGGUGAUUUAUAUGUUUGUCGAAAAAAAAAAUGUUAAAAUCGUAAUCGUGUACAUUUCGAAUAUAACAUGUAAGUAAUUUAUUUAUUUUCUAAAUAUAUAAAUAUAUAAUAAUUGUAAAAUAACAUUUGUCAGAGUGCAAAAGUUACAAUGACAACAAAUCACUCACUCUUUCAUUUUCCUUUAUAAGUGUCUAAUUGAAGUUGUCUUUGUUGCACCCACAGCCUAUGUUGCAAUGAAAAAUGGAGCAAUCUGUAUACGAAUAAAACGGCAUACACAAAUUUUUUUUCGAUUUUUCGUACUGCAAAUGGGCUCAUUCGACACGUUUUUUUUAUUUGCUUUUUGGAAAGACCACACAAUUUUAAGUCACUAUGGAAAAAAUCAGAAUUAAAUUCCAUGUAGAAGUCACUUAAAAAGGCCUUAAAAAAAAAUCACGCCGAGCGUUCGAUCGAAUUGACUGUGACGUCACAAGCCAACAUGUUGCAACGUUGCCGGAUUGAAAUGAAUAUCUUGAUGUGACUGAUAUAUUUAAUUUAAGGUUAUGUUAACUUUCAUUGUUUAGAAAUUAAAAAGAAGAAAUGCAUUAGGUUGCAAUCCGAUUUACGGGAGAGGUGUUUAUUUGCAACGCUAUAUACAGGGUGGUGCUCUAAGAAUGGCUCUCGUCAAUAUCUCGCAAACUAAUUGUCGUAGAGACUUGCGGUAAAAAAUUUAUGACUAAACCGCCCAAAAGAAAAUGCUGGAAAUAAUUUUUAGGUCUCUAAAAUGGCCGCUAGGGGGAGUAUCCGCCAUCUUGAUUUUUAAAAGUCAUUUUUUUCAAAAUUUUCCUAAAUAAAGGUAUCAAAAAUGUGUUUUAUUUUGAUAUUUAAGAUAUUUUCGAUUAUUUUUUGUUAUAUAUUGUUUACUCUAUCUUUUAAAAUAAAGUGGUGGGGGCGGUUUGAAUAUUUUGACUAAUAAAUGUUAAUAACUUUUAAACGGCUGAACCGAUUUUUAA